AUGACCAACACCAGCUCCGUGUCCCCGGUCGUCCUUGACCUCGAUUGGUUCAGCGCCCUCUACGCCACCUACCUGAUCCUCAUCCUCGUCAUCGGCUUCCCCGGCAACAUCGUCAUCGCCGUCGUCUACGGGAAAACCUUCCCCAAGACGGCCUGCGAUUGGCUGAUCCUCACCAUGGGCAUCACGGACGCCAUCGUUUGCCUCUUCUCCCCUCUGCUGCACCUGCGGUCAGAGUUCGAGGCCGACUUCCCGUGGCUGAACGGCUUCUGGUGCGGCCUUGACCUCUGGAUGCAGUACACGGCCAUGGUCGCGUCCCUCAUCAUCCUCGACGUCAUCGCCGUCGACCGCUACAUCAAAAUCUGCCAGCCGACGCUCCGGUCACUGACCCCGACCAAAGCGCGCCACGUCUGCGUCUGGUCGUGUGUGCUCGGCGCCAUCUUCUCCUUCUACCCCACCCUGGACAACUUCCGGGAAGACGUCUGCAACCACUCGCGUCUGCACGUCAUGUCCCUCGCAACCAAAGGCUACUACACGGGCCUGUUCUCGAUAUUCCUGUGUAGUUUUAUCGUCGUGACGUUCGCGUACAUCAGUGUGUGCAAGCGCAUCGGGGAAAAAGUCAGAAUAAAGAAACGUCUUUUGAGCAACAGUUCGCCCGUAAGGUCGCCUGCAGACGUGGAGCAAACGAAAAAAGAACCGCGCUUUUUUCACUCCUGCUGUAGUUCGUCUGUUAUCGACACGCUGACCAAGACCGAGAACGCCUCGCUGCAAGAAAUCGAAAGCGAGUUUGAGCGGAAGUCGGAGGAAAAGAAAACCGGAAGUUUUUCAAAAAUUUCAGUAUGGCGUCCGCAUCUUCGCGGUUCUGAAAACAACAGAACAAACAUGCUACAAAUCCCUGUGAUUGAUAACCGUGCUAAAUUUAUAAAAAGUUUCAGCGAGGAGAAACCGGUCAGAAAUGUUAUCGUCAAACUGUCAAGUUCUCCCGCUGAUUUAGAAAAAUUUGACAAAAAUGAUAAUUCAAACUGCGAUAAAAAUAACAGCUCCACCAACGGUGGAAUAAUAACAACAACAACAACAUCAACUUCAACCCAAACUCGACUUUUAAAACGAUUUUCGCUCCCCGUGUUGACGCCGUAUAGUCGGAGUCAUAAAACAAACGGAUGCCGUGACGGCGUCAGUGCGACGGACGCGGCGUCACCAACAACACGAUCGAACCGUUCGAGUCAAUGUAGUUUUAGCAGCAACAUCUUUCUCCGACCGUCGCUCACGCAUACGACCAGCGAUGCGCGCCAAAAGCGCAUCAAUUAUUCAUCAGCGAUGAGUGGGCCCAGGGCUUCUGAACUGAGCACGGGGUCCCUGGAUACCGCGACCCACACGGAGGACUGUUGCGCACGCAUGCGCACGGGGCCGGAUGGAGCUCCGCGCAGCCUCAAAGAGAUCCCGUCCCUGACGGUGACAGAGGUCGCGGGCAACACGGCAUGCGAACACCAGACAGACAAACACGCAGACAAUCAGACAGACAAUUAUAAACACAACCAUUCAAACAAUUAUACAUCCAAUCUAAAAGAGGUGUUUGGAGACGCCACCCCCACGCAUCAAAAACACAAACCGCAUUUUUAUUUACUAAACCACGAAACUUUCUCCGGAAGAAAAAAACAAAUCAUUCACCCAAAACAAAAUCUUGGAGUUAAACCAAAUUCUGUUUCUUUUAAACAUGUAUCUUUAUGCAUAUUCCCUUUAUCAAGAAACACAUCUUUUCACGAGCGUAAUUCUCAAAACCCGACUUACUUUAUAGAUGACUACGGUAGGUUAAACAGUGGUGUAGUUAGCAGCUCUCUAAUGCGAAAGUCCAAGUCUUACUCACACAUCGACGAGCGCCAUUCCUCCAUAAUGACGUCACCGAAUCAUCUCAUCGAAAAUGAUCAUUGGGGCGUUUAUAAAAAAUCGGAUUCCCUUCUUUCUGGAACACCAACUUCAGAUACGUACCCCCGCUUGCGUCAGGAUAAACAAAGCGAUUUGAGUAACCAGUCUCAUAUUUAUUUGAAAGCAGACGACCGUCUAGACCCCCAGUCUGCUGGGCAAGUUAGUGCCAACCUUAUUCAUGAACGUCAAGGACGUAUCUCCAACCUAUCAGAAACAGAUCAGCUGUGUAAUCCGGGCAUGCGCAGUCAGCACCACGGUACCCCGAAUCACAUGCAUAUCCGGUCCAUCUCGCCGUUGCUGAUCCGAACGCCUUCAAGCUUUGAAGACGACGUCUUCGAAGACAGCAACGACGCCCCCAGACUCCCCUGCUCCCCUCAAGAAUCACCUCUUAAAAACCCAACCCCAAUCCCCAAAGACCAAUCCGCUCCCAACGAAAGUACUGGAUUGCUUCGCGACGACGCUAAUACUAGUUUUCUCAGGGCGCCUCCGCAAUACAGACAAACUCUCAUCUCCACCGGAAGUAUCACAUCCACCGAAUCCACCAAAUUUCUGGCCUACAAACACCAGCAGAGAUUCGACUCGGUGGACGAUGGGGUGGAGAGGGACGAGGCCCCUAUAGGGGACGUGCCCACCGCCAUCUUCCUCUCCACCCUGCUGAGACGCACGGACAAAGGUUCCAAAACUUCAAAGGGGUCUGGUAAAUCGGCUUCCAGCAGGCGGCGCUUCGGCAGAGAGAAACAGAUGACCUUGAUGCUGCUCUCCGUGACGGCCGCCUUCCUCCUGUCCUGGAUCCCGCCCUGGGUCCUCUACAUGUUCUCUUUCUACGGGUCACGUGACAGCCUCGACCCCCUCCUCGAUCACGUGCUCUUCAAGCACCUCGCGACCUUGAACUUGGUCAACUUCGUGGCCAACCCCAUCAUCUACUACUGCUUCAACCCUUCCUUCAGGUCAAAGGUCAAGACCUUGCUCCUCCCCGUGUCGAAGACCAGCCUGUGCUUCCAGAAGAGAUGACGUGGCAGAGGUUUGUGACUUUUCCGUUAUGUGGGACCGGCGGCCAUUGAAAUGACAUA